AAUCAUCUGUAAUUGUAAACAAAACUUGAUUCAAAGAAUAUUUUAUAUCAAAACGUAAUAUCUUAUAAAAUGUCACAACGCCAAUGUUUACCUGUCGAUGAUUCGUCUGAUAGUGAUCAUGAAUUUGAUUUGACAAAAAUGACAGCUUUAGAUUAUUUAAAGAAAGUUCGAUGUGAACGAAAGAAAAUCGCUCAAGUUGUCACUGUUCAUCCGAUGAGAAAUGGAGAAUGUGAACGAUUAGACAACGCAAUUGAGAAUGAAAACAAAAUUUCAACUUUCGAUCAACGAAAUCCUACAAGAGAGUGGAGUGAGAUACAGAAAGAAAAGUUUUUAAAUGUCCAGCAACAAAUUAUUGAGCUAAGAAAAUGUCCUUCAUUAGAUGAACGUCUAAAUAGUCAUCUAGAUGUUGAUACGACUGACGAAAAUGAAUGCAUCAAGUUUUGUCAAACUUCACAGCCUUUGUUGUCAACAAUUCUUCUUCUAAAUCAAAAACAACUUGAAGAGUUAAUUGAAUGCCUUUCGAGUUAUCUUGCAGAUGAAAUAUUAAAGACAGAAACGGAACUUUAUAAGAAAUUAAAUGACAUGAUAUGGAUAACUAAAUGGCUCUACGCUGGAUUAGCUUGUCUUCGUCUUCCUCUCGAUCCUGAAGUCCACAGUUGUCUCCGAGUGAUUGCUAAGUCAUGCAUUCAAGUAACUGACUAUUUAAAGACUUUUCCCGAUACUUCUAAUGACUCAUUUCUUCCUUGGAAUCUCAUAACUGUUGUAAUUACUUUAAAUUUCAAACAAUUUGAUUUGUUGAGUUUGUAA